GUCGGCCGCCUGCCAGUGUUGCCGUGUCCAGGGUUGUCGUUGGUACUUUCACCGUUACCGCACCUUACCGUUAGCCGUUCGCCGUUUGCUGUUCGACGUUCGCUGUUCACCGUUAGCCAUGCCGUCGCCAUUUUGCCGCACUCGGUUCGCAUUUGCCGUCGUCGUUUUCCUUUACGAAACCGUUACCUUCGCCGUUGCCGUCGCCAAAAUGGCGUUCGCCUAAGUCCGUGCCGAGUGCCAUUGCAAAUGAAAUCAAGAUAAAACGAGAAAGUCAAAAAAAAUAUUUAAAUAAACGAAAGUCGAAGUAAUACUGAAAUUACAAAGUGUUAAUGUGUCGCAAUAAAACUCAACAGGGGGCCUCAAGGGAAACCGUGUGCUUAUUGAAACAACCUAACUGAAAUAUAACUCAUACGACGCGUGUACGAAUCGCCGGCCCAUUGCAAUGAUGCAAACCCUGAAACCACCGCCACCGCUACAUCAUCACCACCAGCACCAGCUCCAGCAUCCGCAUCAGCAGCAGCCACAUCAACAUCAGCAUCAGCAGCAUCCGCAGUUGCAACAUCCCCAGCUGCAGCAGCAGCAGCAGCAGCAACAGCACCUGACAGUCAUGGAUAAUCACCAGCAGAAUCAGCCGCAUAUCCAUCAGCAGCAGCAGCAACAAUUGCCACCCACGCCGCAGGCAUCUCACCUGGUCGGUGGGCAGCAGCAACAGCAGCAGCAUCCGCAACACAAUCACCUGGCUGUCGACCAGGAUGACCCAAAUCCCGAACUGGUGCUCGCCUUAAUUUCCAGGAACCGUGCGCUCGAGGCUACGAUCCCCAAGUGCGGUGGCUGCCACGAGCUGAUCCUGGACCGCUUCAUCCUCAAAGUGCUGGAAAGGACGUGGCACGCCAAGUGCCUGCAGUGCAGCGAGUGUCAUAAUCAGCUGAACGACAAGUGCUUCGCGCGGAAUGGCCAGUUGUUCUGCAAAGAGGACUUCUUCAAACGUUACGGUACAAAGUGUUCCGCUUGUGAUAUGGGCAUACCGCCAACGCAGGUGGUGCGCCGCGCCCAGGACAACGUCUACCAUCUGCAGUGCUUCCUGUGCGCCAUGUGCUCCCGCACCCUGAACACCGGCGACGAGUUCUACCUGAUGGAGGAUCGCAAGCUGAUCUGCAAGCGUGACUACGAGGAGGCCAAGGCCAAGGGCCUCUAUUUGGACGGCUCUCUGGAUGGCGAUCAGCCGAACAAGAGACCGCGCACCACGAUCACCGCCAAGCAGCUGGAGACCCUGAAAACCGCCUACAACAACAGCCCCAAGCCCGCCCGCCAUGUACGUGAGCAGCUCUCGCAGGACACGGGCCUGGAUAUGCGGGUGGUGCAGGUCUGGUUCCAGAACAGGCGGGCCAAGGAGAAACGACUGAAAAAGGACGCGGGGCGCACGCGGUGGAGCCAAUACUUCCGCUCGAUGAAGGGCAACUGCUCGCCGCGCACCGAGAAAUUCCUCGACAAGGAUGAGCUGAAGGUCGACUACGACAGCUUCAGUCACCAUGAUCUGAGCAACGACAGCUACAGCACCGUCAAUUUGGGCCUGGACGAGGGCGCCUCGCCGCACAGCAUCCGCGGGUCCUACAUGCACGGCAGCUCGAGUCCGUCGCAGUAUCCGCCGAGCAGCCGCUCGCCGCCGCCAGUUGGCCAGGGUCACACGUUCGGCACCUAUCCGGAUAAUAUUGUGUACACCAAUAUAGAUCAAGCGGUGGGUUCCAGUUUGCAUGCCAGCAAGACGCAUCAUCGCCUGCACAGUAGCAACAAUGUCUCCGACUUGAGCAACGAUUCUAGUCCCGAUCAGGGAUACCCCGACUUUCCGCCCAGUCCUGACUCCUGGCUGGGCGAUUCGGGUAGCACCAACAAUACCAGCGCCAACAACAACAACAACGCGAACAACGGCAGCAGCAGCAACAACAACAACAACGGCAGCAGCGGCAGUGGGAGUGGCAGUGUGAGCGUCAGUGCCGCCCCCAAUCCGUCAGCGACGGGCGUACAUUACUGAUACUCAAAUCUGCUUUUGCGUUAUUUUGAGAUGCAGUCG